AUGAACACCGUUAAUUUUUGCAUCAUCUACCUUAUUCUCAUCAACUUCUGCCAUUUUCCGAAUAUCUGUUUGACGUCUGUUUCAUGCUCUCCGUUAUUGAGGACGAAACGUAAACGUGAUACGAUAGUAUGUGUGCAACGUUGUGAUCGUAUUUUUGAGCGAUCGUUACGUCGAAUUGAUGAGAGUCGAGAGACUUUGCAAAAUUUACUUGAUAAGCAACGACCUAAACAAAAAGCGAAUGAUGCUUGCUGGAAAUCUUUUGACUAUUUGGACUGCAUGCAACACUGUGAAGUAAGCGAUCGUCACCAAUUAACGAAAACAGCUAGGUUGAUCAAGAGCAGAUGUCGAUCAUUUGUUAAAGGUCAUGAAGCAGAGUUAAUGUGUAUCAGUCGGUUCCAUUCGUUCGUUGAAAUUCGUUGUUCGGCCUAUCUUCAUGAAGCAAUUCGACUCAGUAAACUUGGCAUCAAGAGGAAGCAUGAGACAUGCAGGGACUAUUUCCUUUCAUUCAUUCUGCCAGACGACGACCAAUAUUUCAGUGAUGAUUUCUUAGACGAUUGUCAAAUUUAUGAAUUCGUGAAUGUGAAUGAACAAUCCAUGUCAACAACUGAAGCAACACAGCAAGAUUCACCCUCGUCUUAUUCCUAUGCCUAUGAAGUGAGUCAAGUAACGCAUCCCGAUAAACUUCUUGAUGAUGUCGCGUACAUAACAACAACAACUCCACCCGCUCCAUCAACACUAAAUGUGGGAGUACUGACUACAACUGAGACCGAUGCUACUGCCGUUGCUAUUGAAACAAAAACCGAUGCUGGCACGACCAAAAAACUGCUAUUUUCACCCGAUCGGGAUCUGGAAUUCACACCACCAAAUUUUUUCUAUUCAUCGCAACGAUCACCAUUACCAGUCCAAACAACUACAACAAGAACAGCUGUGGAUUAUCAUCCAUCACAUGAUUCGUCACAAGAAAAUCACCUCGACUUGGUUACGUUACCGAUGAGCAUUAUUACCCAUCAAGUGACAGCAGAUAAUUCGUAUGAAAAUGAUGGUGAUGAGCGUUCGCAAGCAGUCACUUAUCCGUCCGCCACAUUAGAACGCCAUUCCAACUUGCAAUCAAUCGGAAAAGCGACACAUAUUGAAGUUUCAUCUUCACCAAGAGCAACAACACAACAAGUGCAUGAAUGGUCUGAAUCAUCAGUAGGGUCUACAAGAUUGAUAACGGCAUUGUCGAAUGACGAAUUUGAGGACCCUUCAGAGAACAGUCAUCAAACAAAAUCAUAUGAUGAUGUGCAACAUCCGCGACAUCAUCCGGACCAUUCAGGUACUGCUUCAACAACUCAUCGAACAUCUGCCGAUCAAAUCGAGGAUGAGCAACGUUUUGCUUCUGUGAUUGCAGUUACACCCCACAGGGCCACAAUAAAACCUGUUGGUGAUUUCUACACUGAUUUAAAUUAUGAUUCAAGUGAAGAAGAAGGAGGUGAUGUGCAAACUUCAAAGACGACUACACAAAUUCAAAUGAGCACUUAUGAUGCUUCUGAAGUGCCUUCAAAAUCAAUAUAUACUCCAAUUUUACCUCACGUGCACCACUCUACUUCAGUGAUUGACGACAGUUCCUUAGCGACAAAUCAACUCGUUGAACAUUUAUAUGAGCAUCAACCAGACGCUGAAUUGUUAACGCCGACGGUAAUCGCUUUUUGUUGA